AUGUCAAAUAACAGUCUUCCUCUCGAAAACAAAGUCGCCAUCGUCACAGGAGGCUCCAGAGGUAUCGGAGCAGGAAUUGCUGAAACAUUGGCAAGCCGUGGUGCCAAGGUUGCUAUUACAUUUGCCUCUGAAAGCAGUAAAGAUGCAACGGAACAAUUGGUGAAAAAGAUUAAGGAUUUUGGCACUUCAGCAGAUGCCAUCACUAUUCAAGCCGACUUGCGUGACAUUGCAAGUGCUAAGCAUAUCGUCGAUACUACUGUCAAAGCGUUUGGUCCCACCAUUCAUAUUCUUGUUAAUAAUGCCGGAGUUGCUUAUAAAGGAAUUUCCAUUGGAGAUACAUCUAUUGAGGACUAUAAUAGUGUCUUUGAUGUAAAUGUUAGAGCGGUCUUUUUCAUGGGAGAAGCCGUGGCACCCCAUCUUCCCAAUAAAGGUGGUAGAAUCAUCAACAUUGGAAGCAUUUUUGGAAGAGAUUGUUUUGCUCAGUUUCCUCUAUACUGUGCAAGUAAAGCAGCGAUUGAAGGGUUCACAAGAUGCUGGGCCGCUGAAUUAGGUCCUAAAGGUCAUACCGUCAAUCAAGUCAACCCGGGUGCGGUGGAGACAGAUAUGCUAAGGGGAGGAGAUAGCUCAGUAGCUAAUGUGUUCAAAGAUAUGACUCCUAUGGAAAACCGCUUUGGACAGCCUCAAGAUAUUGCAGACGUUGUUGCUUUCCUCAGUGAUGAAAACGCCAGGUGGAUCACCGGACAAACAAUUUCAGCUUCCGGCGGUCUGAAAAUGUACUAG